AUGGGUUUCUUUCUGCCAUUUCUUCUAAUUCUAUUGUUUCAAUCAAGCAAUGGUGAGUGGCCUCCUUCACCUGGUUACUGGCCUAGUAGUAAGUUCAAGUCAAUGAGCUUCUAUGAAGGGUAUAGAAAUUUAUGGGGUCCUUCACAUCAAAAUGUGGACCAAAAUGCCUUAACAAUCUGGCUUGAUAGAACCUCAGGAAGUGGGUUCAAGUCAGUGAAGCCAUUUAGAUCAGGAUACUUUGGUGCCUCUAUUAAGCUCCAGCCCGGUUACACUGCAGGAGUCAUAACAGCCUUUUAUCUGUCAAACAGUGAAGCUCAUCCAGGGUACCAUGAUGAAGUGGACAUGGAGUUUCUUGGAACAACAUUUGGGAAGCCUUACACAUUACAGACCAAUGUGUACAUAAGAGGAAGUGGAGAUGGCAAAAUCAUUGGCAGAGAAAUGAAGGUCCAUUUGUGGUUUGAUCCAACCAAUGAUUUCCAUCACUAUGCCAUCCUUUGGAGUCCCAGAGAGAUCAUAUUUCUUGUUGAUGACGUGCCCAUAAGAAGAUACCCAAGAAAAAGUGAUGAAACAUUUCCAUUAAGACCAAUGUGGGUAUAUGGUUCAAUAUGGGAUGCCUCAUCCUGGGCAACAGAAGAUGGAAAAUACAAAGCUGAUUACAAAUACCAACCAUUUGUUGCAAGAUACACCAAUUUCAAAGCUAGUGGUUGCUCAGUCUAUGCGCCGGCCUGGUGCCGCCCUGUCUCUGCCUCUCCGUUCCGGUCAGGCGGCCUAAGCAGACAACAAUACAGAGCAAUGAGAUGGGUACAAACCCACAAUUUGGUCUAUAACUAUUGUAGAGACCCCAAGAGAGACCAUGCCAAAACACCUGAAUGUUGGGGCUAAAAAAAGUGAAACUUGAAGAGUGGGUAGUCUCUUUGAAGGAGUGUGUUGAGAGGACCCUACAUGCCAACAAUGUUUGUGCGAGUGUAUUUUUAGUGAACAAAGAAGGAAAA